CAAUUUAAAAAAAGAAGAGAAAUAUGUGAAUUUCAACCCAUGAAUUUUUGAUGUGUCAGAAACUAUUAAUAAACAGGAUUAUACCUGAGGCAUGUUAUAAUACUAUUCAACGACAACAACCGUUUUACUACAAAACUAGUAUAAUCGUAAAUAAAGUCAACGGUCAGAAUAGUUGGCUGCAAUAAAAUACGAUUUAUUUAUUUUUAACCAUACUUACACGCAAAUAUACAAUUCUACAUAUAUACGUAUUAUAUCAACAAAGAUCUCCGUUUAUUUUCAAAGCUUUCUUGAUCUUUAAUUCUCCAUACUCUUGAUAUAUUUACCUACCAUGAUUCCAACAAGAUGCAAUGAGAUCAACGGCUCACGUCCUCCGUCGCUAAAACUCGCCGGAGAAUCCCACACCAUCAAGAAAACGACGUCGUGUAAGUCGAGGCCACGGCCACAUAGCCGGGCCUCUCCAGUAAUCAUUUACGCGCAUUCUCCGAAAGUGAUCCACACGCGUGCCGAAGACUUCAUGGCCUUGGUUCAAAGGCUCACGGGUCUAGAUGAGAUUAUUAGACGGAACCCUAACGACGUCAGCGAAUCGUCCUCUUCUGUGGUGACGGAAGAGGGCCAAGAGGCUAACGUCGGUGAUGACAACACGGCGGCUCCGUUUAGUCAGGAGAGAACACAACGACAAAAGUUAACUGAUAUGCCAUUGUUCACACCGAGCUCGAUGACGUUGUUUGGUUCUCCAAAUCAACUUAUGUACAUGUCACCGAACCGGACCGAUUCAUUUCGACCCUUGGUUUUUAAGUUCGAAUAAGUCUUCCCUAUAAAAUAUGCUUCUCUAUUUUCGUUUUAUAUGUAUACUUUAGUUUGUUCAUUAAUUCGUUCGUUCAUAAGUUGUUUCACUUAGUCGUGAUUAGUUGGUGUAAAUGUCACUUACAUUUAUGAACCAGAAGCAAUGUCACUUAAUUAAGGGUUUACGAGAUGUUCUUUUUACAUAAA